AUGGACUCAGUGGCUGCUCAACCCUCAAAGCGCCGUCGCUUCCAUCAGUGGAUAGGGCAACAUCCUGGCGGGGCAGUGAAUAAUAACCAUCCGGUAUAUAAUUUGCCAACAAGUACAUAUUCCGUUCAGGGUAUUCAAGCUGUGCAUCCAGGACCUCCAGGUCCAUACCAUAAUGAAUAUGGCGUUGCCUCCAUGACCCAUCUUCCCGCACGGGUCCCAGCUCCUCCACCACAGACAGACUGUGCAAAAUGGACUUCAUACUCAAAAAUGAAUCAGUCGGUUUCCAAUCUCAUGUCGCAUGCGACAGGAAAAGCCCAUGCUACGAUUGUGGACCUAGAAAGACUGGUUCUACAGUGUGUGGGCGGGGCACCGAAUACUCAGGAACCUGCAUCACAGCUUUUGGACCAGGUGCUCACUUCAAUCGACGUUGGCAUUUUCUGUGGAAGGGAAAAUGAUCUUCUUACUGCAUGUUCCCUCCCACUUCGAUCAGAUCCGAAGAAAAAGAAUCGUCGAGAGACUCGAGCUGGAAAGGAGAAGCCGUCAGGUUCUGUCGACUAUUUCUCGAAGGUUUAUCUUUAUGCAAAUUCUCGGAUGCCUCCAAACUUGCCUCCUCUUAAAUUCUACCCUGCAACGUAUCCACUUCUUCAGCUUGCAGCCCAGUAUUCACGUCGAGUUUAUGAAAAGCCUACUGGGAGAGAGCGAAAUUCAUAUGUGAGUUCCGAUUGGCGCCAUGGUACCAAAGCAAUGGUGAUCAAAUCCUUGCCCGUGGACAACAUGAACACAUUCGUUUUCUCAAUCCGUGGCACUCAAAGCUUCAUGGACUGGGCCGUCAACAUGCAAAUGGAACCCGUAUCCCCAAAGGGCUUCCUAGAUGAUCCUACCAACUGCUGCCACGCUGGUUUUCUCUCAGUGGCUCGAAAGAUGGUUGCACCUGUUGCCGCCAGAUUACGCGCUCUGAUCGAAGAAGACCCUAGUCGCAUGUCAUACUCGCUUCUAAUCACCGGUCAUUCCGCGGGUGGUGCAGUUGCUAGCUUGCUAUACCUGCAUAUAUUAUCCAAAUCUCCUGAAGUUGCCUCUGAGCUUACUCAUCUACGGGGUUGCUUUAAGCAUAUUCAUUGUGUUACGUUUGGUGCACCACCAAUAUCAUUUCGGCCUCUCCUUCUACCUGCAAAUCCGGAAUAUUCCAGGUCCAUCUUCUUUUCCUUUGUCAAUGAGGGUGAUCCAGUUUGCCGUGCUGAGAAGGGGUACUUUCUUUCAUUGUUGGAUCUCUUUGCCAAACCACCACCAGGAUCAAUCUUGUCGUCUUUAAACUCGAAACCGCGCCCUGGGUCUACUGCCUACUGGGCAGUUCCUCCGUCUACCCUUUCCACGGCAGGUAGACUGGUAUUACUUCGAGAUAAGACGCAGCCGAGUAAUCGCCCAGAGACAUAUCGCCCCCGGAUUGACGGUGCUCCACCCCUUCCACCUCGAGAAGACGUUGAAGCCUACGGGAUAACUGAUGCCGCACUCCGUGAUGUGGUCUUCGGUGACCCACUCACGCAUUUUAUGGAUUUAUAUGCUCGCCGCAUUGACAUAUUGGCCCGAGAUUCUGCAAGAGUCAAGCCGGAACGCAAGUUUCUCCACUUCUGGAGCUCCUGA